CCUACUCGAGUGCUACAUACUGGCCUGUUAUCGAUCGCGUUCCCCGAGAAAAACAUUUCCAAAUCCCAUCAUGGCAACAGACGUGGUAUUCGAUACUUCAAUGGGCUCCUUCACUGUCGAGCUCUACAACACUCAUGCGCCCAAGACUUGCAAGAACUUCGUUACCCUUGCGCAGAGAGGCUAUUACAACAACGUGAUCUUCCACCGCAUCAUCCCCAACUUUAUGGUUCAGACCGGCGAUCCUACCGGCACUGGUCGAGGCGGCAGCUCUAUCUACGGCGAGAAAUUCGAAGACGAGAUUCGCGAUGACUUGAAGCAUACCGGCGCAGGCAUCUUGAGUAUGGCAAACAGCGGUCCCAACACGAAUGGUAGUCAAUUCUUCGUCACACUUGCGCCAACACCCUGGUUGGAUGGAAAGCACACGAUCUUCGGCCGGGUCAAGAGCGGCAUGCGCGUGAUUCAACGUAUGGGCCUGGUCAAGACAAACGGCGAGGAUCGGCCCAUGGAUGAAGUCAAGAUCAUCCGGGCUCGGGUCGUGGAAGAGGGAGCUGAGGUGUGAACACCGGAAGGUCUAUGCUGCUCCAAUGCCGCUCAACGCAGGGAUAGCUCUGCUAUAGAGCUUCCUUUCUGGCAGCCACGAACACUUAUCCACCCUGCAACGAGGCUUCAGGCAGUUGCCAUUACGCACAAGAAACUCGAACUGUGUGGCAGCUAGCGCACCAGACACAUGUCAAGCUUGGUAGGCUCGGCAAUGUCCUUGCUCGUGCCCAUUAAGUAUGGCACCGGGACUUGCGCCCAUCUACGAAGCUACGAGAUCAAUCAUAUCGGGAGAGCGAACUCCUUCAACCCAAAAUAAUAGACGAAUGAAUGAAUGUAUCACUACAAAACGAACCGCUUCUGUCAAAUGUCUCCAUCCAGAGCAGCAGAUACAGAGUGAAAUCUAAUCUGCCACCCCCACGACGAGCACCAGUGAAGGUAUUCGACAUGCAGCCCGGGAUUGUCAUGUUAAGGCAGCCGGGCUGUGCAAAGC